CCACACCAUCUUUGGCAUCACUAAUCUUUCUUCCUUCAUUCCUUCCUUUUCCCUUUUCUUCCUUUUUCUCAAAUGGAGGCGAAGAAGUCGAGUAGGCUGCUUCUGUUGACAGCUAUAGCUGCAUUAGUGCUAUCACAAAACUUGGCCCUUUCUUCACCAACCUUCCAGGAUCAAAAGACCUACUACCCCCCUGACCCAAAUGCUCACCCCCCUCCCACAGUUUCGUACAGUCCACCAGGACAUAGUCCAGGAGGAGGAAGUGGCCAUGCAACACCAACACCCUCACACGGAACACCACCGUCACAUGGAGGCAGCGGCAGCUACGGCGGCACACCUCCGGUCAACUGCGGCACCCCACCAAGUGGAGGAGGAGGCACCCAUGACCCACCUAGUGGAGGAGGAGGGACCCAUGACCCACCAACCGGAGGAGGCGGCGGCCACCACACCACUCCGGCACCACCAACAGGAGGCGGCGGCGGUGGAUACUAUCACUCCCCUCCUACUACACCCACAACUCCUACAACUCCUACUACACCCACAACUCCAAUUGUGAAUCCACCAACAACUCCCAUUGUAAAUCCACCAACCACUCCCAUUAUAACACCACCAACUACUCCAAUCGUUAUACCAGGGACUCCCGGAAUCACUAUACCAUCACCUGCGUUUCCCUUCGACCCAAAUUCUCCACCUUUCUCUUGCAAUUACUGGAGGAACCAUCCAACACUGGUAUGGGGUUUAAUAGGGUGGUGGGGUACAGUUGGGAAUGCAUUUGGUGUGCCUACCUCAUCACCCGGACUUGGGUCGAACAUGAACCUCAUACAGGCACUUUCAAACACUCGUUCAGAUGGGUUUGGAGAACUUUACAGACAAGGCACGGCUGCACUUCUCAACUCAAUGGCUCAUAGUACAAGCUUCCCUUACACAACCACCCAGGUCAGAGAUAGCUUCAUUGCAUCACUUGGCUCCAACAGAGCUGCUUCGGCUCAGGCUCGACUAUUCAAGCUGGCUAAUGAGGGUAGACACUGAAACCAACCUCCAACCUAUCAAAACAAGAUUAAAUAUUACUAUAUUAUUAUGAUGAAGAUUAGUACUAUUGUUGUGUGUCAUAAUCAGUUUGGUUUACUAUAUUGUUGUGUGUUUAAUUUCUUUCACUUGCAUUGUAUGGGGGUUCUUUCUCUUUAGGUUGAUAUUUAUUAUAUGUUUUAUUCCACUGUAAUAUUAGUUAUUUUUGUUUUAUGUUGCACAUUUUUAUGCCACCCUGUCAUUUU